UGCGCAGUGCGUGGCGGAGGCAGGCUCGAGAGAGCCCCCGAAACUGCCAUGGGCUUCGAGCUGUUUUGAGACAGAGGAAAAACACAAUUUUUUUAUAUUGUGGAAGAAUUUUUUUAAAGUUCCGUUUCUCCGAAUUUGAAAUAACAGUGGGACGGGUUGAGCGGCACCAAGCGACCCCCCGAGGGUCUGACUUUGCUGGGGGAGUAAAGGAAAGGUUCGUAGGCCUUUUUUUUCCUGGACGCGGUGCUCGCUAUGGGCCGGGAGGGUCACUUAGGCCGAGCCGGUUCGCCUGAGUAAACCCCGCACUCGGCGCUCGCCUUCCGCCUGCGGGCUGAGACUGAGACGCUGGCGAGAAGCGGCCCGGAGCCCUAGCUGGGGUUUUCCCCAUGCCGGCUGGCCGGUGCCUCCGGUGUGACUGCUUCCCCCCUGGCUCUGAAUCGGACCGUGUGGGAUGGGUUCAACAGAAGAAGCCAACAGGCAUGCUGUGAUUAUUUAGCCAGUCUGCCCUCCCGUCCUACCCUCUGGGUCGCUCCCCCCCCCCCACCUUUCUGUCAGACUGCAUAGGGGGGAUGUCAACAAGAAUAGCAUGAGAUAUAUGCUCUUCUUAAAAUAUUUUUAAGGUUAAGUGGUGAGAUUUAAAGGGACAUCGACUCUUCUGCCCUGGAGGGAGCUAAGCUGGCAAUGGCAAAGGUCCCCACCCCUCCCCCACCAGGGGAAAUGGCCACCGGGCUCGUGGCUGAGAGCUGGUGCUACACACAGGUGAAGGUGGUGAAGUUCUCCUACAUGUGGACCAUUAACAACUUCAGCUUUUGCCGAGAAGAAAUGGGGGAGGUGCUGAAGAGUUCAACCUUCUCGUCUGGUCCAAAUGACAAGAUGAAAUGGUGUCUGCGUGUGAACCCCAAAGGGCUCGAUGAUGAGAGCAAGGACUAUUUGUCGCUAUACCUGCUGCUCGUCAGCUGUCCGAAAAGCGAAGUCAGGGCGAAGUUCAAGUUCUCUUUGCUCAACGCGAAGAGAGAGGAAACUAAAGCUAUGGAAAGCCAAAGAGCAUACCGGUUUGUUCAAGGGAAGGACUGGGGAUUCAAGAAGUUCAUUAGGAGAGAUUUUUUGCUCGACGAAGCAAACGGCCUCCUACCAGAUGACAAACUCACGCUCUUCUGUGAGGUGAGUGUAGUCCAGGAUUCCGUGAACAUCUCCGGCCAGUCAAACAUGAACAUGCUGAAGGUUCCAGAGUGCCAGCUGUCGGAUGACCUCGGGAACCUUUGGGAAUGCUCCCGUUUCACUGACUGCAGCCUCUACGUAUGCGGGCAGGAGUUCAAGGCUCACAAAUCCAUAUUAGCAGCGAGAUCGCCCGUUUUUAAUGCCAUGUUUGAGCACGAAAUGGAGGAAAGUAAAAAGAACCGCGUAGAUAUAAGCGACAUUGAGCCUGAUGUUUUCAAAGAGAUGAUGAGCUUCAUUUACACAGGGAAAGCACCGAAUCUGGAGAAAAUGGCUGACAACUUGUUGGCUGCAGCGGACAAGUAUGCUCUGGAGAGGUUAAAGGUCAUGUGUGAGGAAGCGCUGUGCAGCAGUCUCUCCGUGGAGAAUGUGGCUGACGUCCUCAUCCUCGCGGACCUGCACAGCGCAGAGCAGCUGAAGGCUCAAGCCAUAGAUUUCAUUAACAGGUGCAGCGUCCUGCGACAGCUGGGCUGUAAAGAUGGAAAAAACUGGAAUAGCAAUCAUACGAUGGAUAUAAUGGAGACGGCCGGCUGGAAGUCGAUGAUCCAAUCGCACCCUCACCUGGUGGCCGAGGCCUUCCGUGCACUUGCCUCUGCACAGUGUCCUCCUUUCAGUCUGCCCCGGAAGAGGCUGAAACAGUCUUGAUCACCUCCCUCUUUUUUUUUUCCUUUAAGACUUUCGUGGGGGCAGACAAGGGGAGCUUUGGACUGGUGUGAACCACUUCCUGUUCCCCCCACUACUUGAUUCAGUUCAAUUUAGUUUUUAUUUUUCUAGAGCAGAGUUGCCCCAAACUGGUUCACAUAUACAUGUAUAAUUCUGAUUGAUCUCUGGUUGACCACACAUGUUUAACGUUUAACUUAAGUAUCAGACGGAACUGUUCAGUUUCACCCCUCAGCCUUUCUCAGUUUCAAUAAUGUCGGAUGGCCUUAAAACUGUAUGCCAUUUCUCCAGAGUUUGUCUUUAUUUAACUGUGUGCCUGCCUUGUCGAGAGAGACCAGGCUUUCUCCAGAUUGCACUAGUUCCCAUAAUGCAGUGUGUUCUUUUAUCACAGAGCUCUAUAUGAAUGCGUCAUUGAUUUAAUGGGAGACACUGCAUAUGUGGAAUGUUUAGCCCUGUUUGUUAGCUGACAUUUUAAGUGUGAGCCUUCCCAGUGAAAGUUCAUUUCCUCUUUUUACAGUUGAAAUAUGCCCCAUAUUGAUGGCACCGUUUUCUCUCAAAGGAAAUUUACCAUCUUAAAUACAGACGUGUGAGCAUAAACCAGACCUACUGGAUGGGAAUACUUGAGUGACUUGCAGUAUGAGAAUUUUUGUAAUAUGGAUGUAAAGAAAUGAACUGAAUACUUUUGUAUUCUGGAUCUGUUUUAAAAAAUAUUGGUAAAAUAUGAAGAUUUUCUUUA